AUGGUGGCUCCACGGAACACCGCCUAUGCUGAGGAGAGCGCCGAGGUCGAGGUGCUCUACGCCAACCUCGAGAAGCUUAAUCGACUCACCAAAAAGAUCCAGGGAUCUAUGGUACGACUGGAAACAGGUGGCAAGGUUGUAAAGGAAGCUAUUGGUCCUAUCUACAGCAACACCCAAUCUCUGCAAAUCACCAACAGCAACAUUGACAAGGUGAACGAUGCGAUCGAUCGCUUGCGCCAGCCUCUCGAUGCGAAGAACCGUGAAGAUGGUAUCAUUCGCGCAGGCCCGCAGAGUUCCGGCCUCACGCAAUAUCUCUCCGCGAUGAAACGUGUUGAAAAGGCGCUGGUCGACCUCAACACGACGAACCUGCGAUCAAACCAAAAAGCAAUGGCCGAUUUCAACUCUCUAUUAAACAUCGGAAGUUUAAAGCUACAAGACACAUUGCGGGCGGAAUUAAGCCAGCACGCCACUCCUAUCGAACCUUUGCACUAUCUUACCAAAGACCUCUCAUUCCCGUCCCUCCCCGAAGAAACAAUCAAUCACCUGGCACCGCUGUGCGCGGCAGUCGGUUCGGCUUCCGUCUAUGGACCUCAGCGCAGCAAAGGCGAGAACCCCGCGUUGAAAGUAUACGCCGAGGUACGAGGGCCUUAUAUCACAGCCAGCUUGCAGAACCUUGCGAUUGCCUCCAUGAAUACCGUCAAGCGUAGACCCACAGAUGGCCCUUACAAACAAGGUACCAAUGGUAUUGGUCUCUACUCGAAUGCACUGGAGGCCUUUAUUACCACCGAGCAUGGUAUCAUUGUACAGUUGUUCAGUGGAGACCAGCAGGGCCUGGCACUACAGGCCACGUUCCUGGGUGCCAUGGGCGAAUAUUCCAAAACCCUGCGCGAGCUCAAUCAGUACAUCAAGGCCAACCUUAUGACAGACUGUUUCCUUGCCUUUGAGAUUAUCGAAAUUGUGACUGCCAUGUCCUAUCGAAUUGACUCCAAGGCUGCAGAGCUGAAGAGUCUUUUGAUAGAAGCUCUCCGGCCUGUGCGCGAGACUGCCAAGUCUUCACUCUCUGAGUUACUCGAGGAAACCAAGCGCAAGGCUGCUAGUGUCCCACUUCCGCCAGACGGUGGGUCAGUGCCUCUUGUCGAGGAAGUGAUGAGUUCACUGGCCACAUUGACGCACUAUUCGGGUCCAUUGGCUUCGAUCCUGACAUCCUUGGGUGAUGGAAAUUGGCGUGCCAAGUCCAACGCUGCCGGCUCUGCUCCACUGGACGUAGGCCCGGAUAGCGCCACCCUCCUCUCACAUUUCAUAUUGGACAUGCUCGAAGCCUUGAUGACUUCUCUAGAAGCUCGUGGUCGCGCAUUCCACCGAUCAAAGGCAGCACUGGGUGUUUUCCUUUCCAAUGUCUUCUGCAUCGUGGACCGAUCGAUUCGGCAAAGCCCAGAACUAGCGCGCUACCUCGGCUCCCCCGAUAGCAUCGCCAGGAUUGACACAUUCCGCAAGCGCGCAACGUCCACCUACCUGGAUGCAUGGAAAGAAACCUCGCAAUACCUCCUCGAUGUGCAAUACACUUCUCGUGGAGCGCAGCGCAAUUCCGGCGGCAAUGUGGACUCCAGUGCCAUUGUCAAGUCUCUUUCGUCUAAAGACAGAGAUGCAAUCAAGGACAAAUUCAAGUCCUUCAAUGCCAGCUUUGACGAGAUGGUUUCUCGUCACAAGACUCUCCAUAUGGAGCGGGAAGUGCGCACUGUGCUUUCUCGGGAGCUGCAGACUGUCCUUGAGCCUUUGUAUGCUCGAUUUUAUGAUCGAUAUCACGAAAUCGACAAAGGACGUGGCAAGUACAUUAAGUAUGAUAAGGCGAGCUUGUCAGUACAGCUGGCCCAGCUGGCCUAG